GACGGCAGCCCCAUGGACGACCACCUGAGGCGGCUCCAGAUGACCCAGGGCCGUGCCCAGGGGGGCCGCCUGCGGCCCUCUCAGGUCAUCGGCAACAGGAGCAUGCCGCAGUGGGUGUCUAGGACAUUUGUGCAUCCUUCGGCGGUGCCGCCGCCGCCGCCGCCCGUGGCCACCCCGCGGCGGGCCGAGAACGACUACGAAGAGAUCGGACCGCCGGCUCGGCGUCCGCCGACCCAGCAGGUCAUGAAUCCGACCGCCCGACAGCCGGCGAGGCCAGGCGGAGGAGAGGCCAAGGAGCGGGUGCACUGUGACCUGUGCGGCAGCUGGGCCUCGGCCGUGCGCUGCGACAUGUGCAGCGGCCAGGUGUUCUGCCUCUCCUGCGACGACAUGUACCACCGACACCCCAAGAGGACCGCCCACGUCAGGAAGGCCGUGGACGGCGCGCCUCGGCCGUUUCGACCCCCUCUGCCACCCAAGUCUGACCUGCAGUCGCCGCCCGUGCCGCCGCCCAGGAGGAACAAGCGAUUCGGGCUCUUCGGCAAAAAAGAGCAGUCGCCAGCCCUUCCCCGGAAAGAGUCGGCUUCCGGUGUCAUGGGAAGCCUGAAACGAUUCAUGGGCGUUCGACCGCUGCCUCCUCCGCCUGCACAAAAAGGUGGCCUGUCGUCGGUGUGGGAGGAGCCGUCGGUGCAGACGCUCUCGCUGGGCGGCGGUCGUCAGCAGACGCAGCGCAGCCUCAGUCGCUCGUCGGCCGACUCGGGCCGGCCUCCAUCCGACGACGCCAGCGCCGCCCUGCCGGCCACCGUCGCAGACAUCAACUCGCAGGAGCGCCACCAGUGGCAGACACCGCCUGUCUGCGCCGACGAGCGCUCCGGAGACGUCAUUCGUCCUCGCAGCCAGUCCAUGUCGGGCCAGAUGUCGCCGCAGCCGUGGAUGUACCCGCAGGAGCAGCACCCUCAGCACGACAUGCUGCCGGGGUUCGUGACGACGCGGCGCGGCCAGAGCUGCCGCGGCUGGCCGCAGAUGAUGGCCGCCGGCUCCGUCUGCGACAUGGGCUCACCGACGGUGGCGCACCACCACCCGCCGCCCGGCUUCGUGCCACACAUGAUGCAUGCGCAGUCGAUGGCACAGCUGGGGUGUCCGACCUGCCACGGCCCGGCCGGUGUCUGGUACCCGGCUGAGCCGCCCGAACCCGCUAUGGUUCGCUACCCCAGCAACGCCAGCCUGACCGGCUACCCCGCCGGCGGCGCGUUCGUCUCGUCCCGCGACCUGCGCCAGCCGUCGCCGGCGCCGAGCGCGCGCUCCGGGCGCGCCGCGCGCUCGCGCCGCAUGGCGCGCUCCCAGAUGGAGCUGAGCCGGUACGCCUCCGAGUCGGAGGACUACGUGUCCGGCGUCGAGACGGACGACGAGAGCGAGCCGACCGAGGAUGCGCGCGCGCCCACGCCGACGGCCGCCUGGCACUGCCAGCACUGCACCUUCCAGAACUCGGCCGGCACCCGCGUCUGCUCCAUGUGCUGCCGCACGCAGCCAGCGCCGCCGCCGGCGCAGCAGCAGCAACAGCAGCAGCAGCAACAGCAGCAGCGGCAGCAGAAGAAGCGGCGCCGACGUCGCUUUCUGCGCGGCAACAUGCCGCCGGGAAGUCCGGCGCCGGCGGCGAUGGCGCGCGGGCGCGAGCCCUCGCCCGGCGGCGUAUCCAGGGGUCGUGACCCCUCGCCCGGAAGCGCGUCCCGCGGAAGAGAGCCGUCCCCCGCCGGCCUGGUGGACAGUAUGCAAGCGAUGAAGUUGGGGGGCGCCGGGGAAAGAAGAGGCUCAGACGCGAUGACCGCGAGACGCGAGCCAGUGAGUGAGGCGGCGGCGGAAAUUGCGCCCGUGCCGGCGGCGGCGGCGGCGGCGCCUGCGCCUGCGCCGGCAACAGAGAGCGUCAACACGAGCCCCGCGAAGAAGAGCGAGGAAAGGGGCGACCGCAAUAAACGGACUCAGUCUACGGGCACCUCGCCACCGCCUCAGACCAUCGCCACACAGACCAAUGAUGACCUGGGCGCGAGCGAGCUGUACAGCUCGCGCGCCUCGUUGCCCCGAGCCGGCUCGCGCACCUCGCUCACCGGCGAGUACGAGCCAUUCCGCUACGCAAGCCGUCAGCUGCCUAACCUGAAGCGGACGCAGUCAUUUCAGGCGUUUGGCCACCGUGAGCGGGAGGAGCGCAGCGACCCCUGGUCCUCAUUUGGCACUCUGGGCUCUCGCUUUCAGCCCCGCUCCUCCUCCAAAUCGUCGGUCCACUCCACCGUCAGUGACUCCAGGGCGUUUGGAGCGUACACGUCGGGCGGCUCCAGCCGCGGAGAGAGCCCGGCUAGGUUCGCCGGCACCGCUGACAGGUCCAGGAAGCUCUCGUACGGCGGGGAUGUGGGUCGCAAGCCUGCAGACGGCUCGGAUUACCUGGUGGGCCUGGAGGAGCUGAUGAUGCAGCGCAGGCCGCCAGGUGACCCCGCCGGCAGCCAGGGCAUGGAGCUUGUCCUCAUGCUGAGGGACGCUGAGAAGCACAGCUUUUCCCCGGAGGACCUCCAGAUAGCGCUGAACCAUUGCGGAGCGCAGCCACCCGUGGCCUGGCUCCUGGACAAUCUGGACAGCAUGAUCGAGACCGUCUGCACAUUGGCCACCAACUACGGUCAUGAGAGGCGCGAGAAUGACGUCGGCACCAUCUCGAACAAGGAGGCCCGAGACGCGCUCCGUCUGCACAAGGGCAACGUCUGGACCGCAGUGACCGAGUGUGUUGAGCAGCGCAGAAAGAAGUACUCGCAGCUGGCCGGCCGGGGCAGCUUCCCCCGUGAGGACAUCGUCACGGCGCUGACGGCCAACCACGGCAGCGUGGAGGCGGCCUACCUCGACCUCAACCGCACCCAGCUCAAGCCGUUCCUCAUGCGUAUCUGGGGACCGCCCCAGGGCGUCGAGGUCACCGAGGGCGCGCCGCCGGGAUCGGCCGAGGUCAAGGCCGGCGGCCAGGCGGCGGCGAGUUCCGUCCCCACGGUCCUGGCGCCGGCCAAGGCCGAUAAUAGUCCGGUCCGGAGUGACGAGUGCUCCGCCCUUUCCUCGGAGCUUGACUCUGACGACGAUGAAAACUCCAAAUCAAAGGAUUACGCAACCCCGCCUCAGUCACCUCUGCCGAAGCGUCACCCCUCUGCUGCGUGUCCCAGCCCCGUCCCUCUACAGCCUCGUUCGUUCCCCAGCUCAUCCCAGCUUGUCAGCCUCGCUGACAGCACCAGCUAUUCCCCAUUCUCUCAACACGGCGCCCUCAACAGCAGCACUGUCUACUCAUCCCACCACAUCAUCACCCACUGCGGCGAUGUCGCCAUCGCCUGGAACGCCAUCUGGAGCACCAUCAGGAACACCAUCUGGAACGUCAUCUGGAACGCCAUCUGGAACGCAAUCAGGAACGCCAUCUGGAACGCCAUCUGGAGCGUCAUCUGGAGCGCCAUCUGGACUGUCAUCUGGAACGCCAUCAGGAACGCCAUCUGGAACACUUGAGGGCGAUGCUGAGCCCAACGUGACUUCAGUAC